GAGUAGCGAGUAUGUUUGCCUUCCGAACGACAAGAACAGCAGGUAUUCUCUGGUUCGCAAGUCCGACCUCCCAGGGAUGUCGGCCAGGAUACUUGACUCUAACAUGUGCAUAUGCAUCAGCCCGCGUGGCCUCCUGAAUAGCACCAUAGAGACAUAUAAGAACUUGUGUUCCGAGGUUGCCGACGUCAUCGGGCAGCCGCACGCUGGCAGACGGAUGUUCAGGACCGUUUUCUUCUCGAACGCAACGUUCUUCAGCCGUCUGCAGCUCACCGUGAAGGACCACAAAUCAGAAGGGGAAGUAUCGUGCCGACCAGUGCACGCGACGCCCACGUACAUUUUCAGCGGGCUCAGCGCGUGGGUCGUCUCAGUUCUUCGGGACAAGCUCGACGAGCGUGCGCCCCAUCUCCUCCGUGAUUCUUCUGAUCUGAUCCGCAGGCUGCAAAAUUUGCACCCUGACCGCGCGUGGCACUUUUGCAAGGUUGAUGUGACAGAUUUUUACCUUAACGGUACGGAAGACCAGAUCGUGUCGUGCGUCAUGUCCUUGUUCGAUGUCCGCGACACCAUCUACAGUACCCUUGAGAAGGUCAUUCGUUUUCUAUUGCGGUGCCAAUUCGUACGGGAUCCUUGGGACGAUUCGCCAGACAGGGUCUACCAG